AUGGCUGAGAAAAAGAAGCAUGAAGUACAACAUGAACCGUUAACACAAGGCUUGAACAAUUCUAAGCUUACAAAGGUGGGUGCAGAUGAACUUAAAAGGAAGCUCGAUGCAAUUCGUAAUAUGAAUAAUAGCAUGCCAACAACUGUAAGCCAAGAUCGGAGUUGUGCAAAUUCUACUCAGCCCAUAAUCAACCAAAGGCAGCAGCAGAUUAUUCAAGUCACACAUGGUAGAACUCAAAAAAGGCAACAUGACACUACUUUGCUGAGUUCAAACACUACCCCACAAGCUGAAGAUUUAAUGUCGGAGCAAGAUGGAUCAAGAAAAGAAAAGAGCAAGCCAAGGGUAAAGGCUACAACUAUUGAUGAAUUUUUAAAAGAAAAUGGGAUAGAUGUAGAAAUUGACGGACUAAGCUCUAAACUAAGUGAUGAUGUGGGAGAUAGCUUUCCACUUGAUGAAAAUUAUUAUUCACAUGUGAUGGAGGACAUUGAUGAUGACGAAGGAGAGCCAAAGAAGAAGAAAACUCGGGGAAAAACAACUUGCAAAGAGAUUUAUGCAAGAACUAUGGAACAGCGGGAAGAAGUUAUUUUUGAUAUUGGACAGCCAGUAGGACCAACCGAUCAAAGUGUGUCUAAUUUAACUAGUUUCGUAGGAACAAUUGGGAGAAACAAAAGAUUUCAAGGUGCGUAUAACACUGUAAAUAUCAUGCAGACCAAGUUUAUCCUCCCAGACAGUGGAGAAAAGUGGGUGAUCCAAGCAAUUCGGGAUGCUUGGAAGCGGUUCAAGGGAAAGAUUAACCAGAAGCACUUUGUUCCCUUUGAUACCAUCGAAGAUAUGGUGAAAAAUCGACCGACACAAGUUCCAGAAAGUUAA